UACGGGCCCUCCGAGGGUCUCUAGAUAGCCAAGACGGGCUCAGUCGGGUUGUUUUGACUGGGGUUCCUUCCACCCAACAAAUCCCAGAGAAAGGACUUACAACGUUUUACCUUUCCUGCCCACGGGGAAUCAUGGCUCGGGCCCCUGGCUAUCGAUGGCCUCUCCUGGGGCUUCUUCUGCACUUUGUCCUUCUGUGCUCGGCUCAAAGGAGCCAAGGACCUGCUGGACCUGCAGGUGUACCAGGAAUUGAUGGCAUUGCUGGAGAAAGGGGAUCAGAUGGUCCUGAUGGUCUUGCUGGUCCUGAUGGAGAGCCUGGUAAAGCUGGCUCUUCGGGGUUACCUGGAAUUCCUGGCAAUGAUGGUUUGACCGGUCCAAUUGGAGAAGUUGGGCCUGACGGUCCCCCCGGACAGAAAGGUGAACCUGGACAAAUCGGACCUCGCGGAACUACUGGUAUUGGGCCUGAUGGACCCCCAGGACCACCUGGACCGGGAGGACUUCCGGGUGAACUCGGCAAAACGGGAACACCUGGGCCCAUGGGUGUGAGAGGACCACAAGGACCCCGUGGACCAACAGGCCCCAGAGGGGCAGCUGGGGCGUUAGGAAGUGUAGAUCUGUGUCCCAACUCUUGUCCAUCUGGAACCUCAGGACAUCCUGGUCUACCUGGUAUGAAGGGCCACAAAGGUGUCAAAGGUGAAGCAGGGGAACCUGGAAAGCAAGGGCACAAGGGGGAGGAAGGAGAGCAAGGAGGUCUGGGGGAGGUUGGCACACAAGGACCGACGGGCGGCCAGGGGAUCCGUGGAGCCACAGGCUUGAUGGGCUCUAAGGGAGAGAUGGGGGCUCGUGGUCUUGAUGGAGGUCCAGGUCCUCAGGGUGUUGCCGGGGCAACAGGUGAUCAAGGCCAGCGCGGUGUGAUGGGGGAGCCUGGGCCCAAAGGGGAAGAGGGUACCCAAGGGCAAAGAGGGAUCACAGGCCUUCCAGGUCCCAAGGGAGAAGCGGGUUUGCCAGGAGUGGACGGCCGUGAGGGUAUUCCUGGCAUGCCAGGAGGAAAGGGAGGCAUUGGAAAACCUGGACUUCCUGGAGAGGUUGGGCUUCAGGGACAUCCUGGUCUGCCCGGCUCAUCUGGACCGAAAGGACAGAGUGGCACAAAGGGUGAUGCAGGCCAAACAGGCUUUCCUGGGACAUUGGGUUCAGCUGGAAAAAUGGGCGAGCCAGGGGAACAAGGUGAGGUUGGCCCAGUUGGACCCAUCGGUGAACCUGGAGAAUUGGGAGAACAAGGCCCAGUAGGUUCAGUCGGCAAGUCGGGUGGCAGGGGACCCAAAGGUGAUCCUGGUCUUCCUGGUAUUCCAGGCCCUCCUGGCACUCCUGGAGUCAAAGGAGAGCGGGGUGAGCGUGGAGAGGCAGGACCCAAGGGAGACCAGGGUUUGCAAGGCGAUGAAGGCAACCCUGGAGACAAAGGAGAUAAUGGCCAACCUGGAGAGUCUGGAGCAAAGGGAGAGAUUGGCAACCCUGGCGAGCCUGGCAGACGAGGUCCAGAAGGAACUCGAGGCCAGCCUGGCGUUGAGGGGCCUCCUGGCACACCUGGACCACGAGGCAUGCAGGGGAACCGAGGUUCACCUGGAGUCAGAGGAACACAAGGUCCUGCGGGUAAAGAGCCAAGCGACCAGCACAUCAAGCAGGUGUGCAUGCGAGUCAUGCAAGAACAACUGGCCCAGUUAGCAGCUGGUUUGAGAAGGCCUGAGUCGGGUGUGGUUGGUUUACCUGGCAAACCCGGACCUCCAGGACCUCCUGGGGCUCCAGGAGACAACGGUUUCCCAGGACAGGCUGGAAUAAGAGGACUUCCUGGACUCAAAGGACCACUAGGACCUAUUGGAGUAAAAGGACCCAAAGGUGAAAUGGGGGACAGAGGCUCCCGAGGGCCCACCGUGCGAGGAGCCAAAGGUCAACAAGGACCUCCAGGACUUCCUGGCGAAGCGGGCAAACCUGGUUACGGUCAGGACGGGCGUGAUGGCCAGAGAGGACCUCCCGGUGUGCCUGGACAACCCGGUGUGCCUGGACCUCCUGGUGCUGCCGGCCCUCACGGCUACUGCGACCCGUCCUCCUGCAACCUGUCGGCGGGCCAGCAGCCUGUGGACGUGAAAGGACCUGCGAGGAACUGAAAGCCACUCUGGAAGAGACAGAGAGACUUAUUGGAUCAGAACAUUUUUAAUCUCAGGGGGCUGUGGUCUGUGGCGCCUUCCACCGCGAGUCUUGUCCGGAGAAGCUCCAUCACAUUUUUUGUCGUCCUCCUUCUCCCUGAGAGCAAGAUGUUCCGAGAACGUUCACUCCACUCAAGUAAAAAGCUCCUGUUUUCUAGAACAUAUUAAAAAAAAUCACCCUAAAUAAAUCUGGAUUUAGUGAAAGUGUUUUUUUUUUUUUUGGGGACCAUUUUGUACCGUAUGUGCUCGAUUAUUGAACUGCAACUGGACACAUCUUUGCAGUUGGGAAUAAAUAAAGAAGAAAAGGGUGAAAACUGUCAAGUCACACUGACUUUAAUAAAUGUUGUAAAUCUGUAAAAAAAAAAAAAUGUUUGACUUGUGCUGAAUUAUAUUUCCUACAAAACAACCUGACAUGACUUUUUGGCUCACUGCACAGCAGUGCAGUUGAGGGAAACAAUAAGUCGUGUAAUAAAUUAAAAAUACACACAA